AUGUCCUGGCCAGCCCUCCGCGCCCAAUAUGCAACCCUGCUAAAACAAUUCUUGAAGUCCACCAAAGAAUUCGACGUCCUAACAACCAUCCCUCCAGACCACUCCGCAUCGGAGACCCUCUAUGUCUUAGAUUCCAGCUUCAAUCCCCCCACCCUUGCCCACCUCCGCAUCGCCAGCACCGCCCUACAGUCAAAACCGACGCCCCGUCCCCGCCUGCUCCUCCUCCUAGCAACCCAAAAUGCAGACAAGCCCUCCAAACCAGCCUCCUUCGAGGAUCGCCUAGUUAUGAUGGAGCUCUUCGCCCGUGAUCUGCGCGCACACCUGGCAACCACACCAGCCUUCGCGGAUGCCGCUGCCUCGGGCUCCGAGUACCAGCUACCGGUCGAGGCCCUGCCCUUGAUUGACAUCGGCGUGACCAAGAAGCCGUAUUUCGUGGACAAGGCGGCUGCGAUUGAGAGUUCGGAUCGGUAUCCUGGGGCGCUGGAGCAGGUGCAUCUUACGGGCUUUGAUACGUUGGUGCGGAUCUUUGAUGCUAAGUAUUAUCCGCCGCAUCAUACAUUAAGUCCGCUGGUGCCGUUCUUGGAGAGGCAUCGGUUGAGGGUUACUAUGCGGCCUGGGGCUGAUUGGGGCGAGAAGGAGGAGCAGGUUGCGUUUAUGGAUGCUCUUGCUAGAGGGGAUCGGGAUGAUGAGGGUGCGCGGAGGGAGUGGGUGCGGCGCAUUGAGUUGGUUGAGGGUAGGAAACCGACUGAGCCGCAUGUGAGCUCGACUCGGGCUCGCGAAGCUUUGCAUUCUGCUCCGAGGGACUUGGACUGGCUGGUUCCGGAUCUGGUCAGGCAGUAUAUCCUCUCUGAAGGGGCAUAUCCCGCUGUUGGAGCUGGGGCUGCCAAAGUGUAG